AAAUUCACAAUUUCAUUACAGAAAAAAGUUGAAAAACGCAAUAGAAAACUUAUCGAUUACGAUGGUCAACGUCAUUCGUUCCAAAGUCUACAAGCCAAUGCCAAUAAACGUAAAGAUGAUGUUAAAUUAACCAAAGGACGUGAACAAUUGGAGGAAGCACGUCGUACAUAUGAACUAUUGAAUACGGAAUUACACGAUGAACUUCCAGCACUAUAUGAGUCAAGAAUAUUGUUUUUGGUAACCAAUUUGCAAACUCUAUUCGCAACAGAACAAGUUUUCCACAAUGAAACAGCCAAGAUUUACUCGGAAUUAGAGGCUAUCGUUGAUAAAUUGGCAACAGAAUCACAACGCGGCUCAAAUACUCUUAGAAAAGCAACAGUGAACUCCAUUAAAUCUACCAGUCCUGUACAGUCACCAGUUAAACAAAUGAAUAAUGCCAAUAUUACCAACAGCAACAAUCAAUAUCAAAAUACUAAUGGUUCUGCUAAUCGUAAGUAGCCAAUUGAUUAUCUUAAUUUCU